AUGCCCAGCUCAUUACAAAAGACGCGCAAACACAUUGCCAAGAAGCGCAAUGGCGAAGUCAACGCCCUGCACGCAAAGUCCAGGGAUUCGCUGCGGCUGCACAAAGCUGGUGUGCGAGAUCAAAGGCUGGAGAAGCUUGCCGCAGCAAGAAGCAAAAAGGAGCAACCUAUUGGUAUGAUUAGUGCCAUUCCGUGGAAAUUUUCAGAUGGUGAUUGGAGUAUUAAUUUGGUGAAUCCAGUUGAUCGAGUGACCUUUUUCCAAGAGAGUUUGGCUGAGAAGGAUAAUCAACCUCUCGAUCUCGAGACAGUCCAGUCAUAUAUCAAGACCUUUAUUCACCAAUAUGAUGAGGAGUAUGAUUCUCUCAAAAAAGCCCGCCGCCCAGGCAGACCGGCGAGUGCGAGGGAAGAUUUACUCAAAAUAAAGAUUGCCGCACUGCAAAAAGAGUACGAGAACGGAUUCGUAAUUCCCGAUCUCAUGUCUGCCGAAAAUGCAAAGAGUUUGGAAAACUGGGAAGGGUCAUGGGCUUACCUGACGAAUAUACCUUGGAUCAAAGUAUCAAGUGCGGGACAAACCAGGUCUGCCGAAUUUCCGUCAAAAGGAAUCAACUGA